AUGAGGGAGAGCGGAAGAAGUCGUAAUAGUGUUAUUGCGUAUAUAUCUAUCUCCUCUAACCCGUGUCUGCUUGUCAAAGCUUCCAACAAAAGAAAAAGGCCAGAGGAAGAAUUGACUAUUUUUUCUAUUUUCUUUUCCUUUCACUUUUCUUAUUUUUUCCCCUUCUUUUUUUCCCCUUCCACAUCUUCUUUUCUACUUUUUUUCUACUUCUCUUCAACCUCUCCUUUCCUUCCUUUUUUCUUCUUCUCUUCAACUGCCUCCUCCUCUUCUCCUUCUCUUCAAUCACCUAUCCUCUUCAACUGCUACCUUCUCUUGUUCUUCCCUUCAUCUGCCACCUCUUCCUCUUCUGUUCAACUGCCUCCAUCUCCUCCUCUUCUGUUCAACCGCUUCUCUUUAUCCACUUCUUCUCUUCAAAUGCCAGCUCCCACUCUUCUUCUUUCUUUAAUCACCUACUCCUCCACUUCUUAUCUUCAACUGCCUAUUCAUCCUCUUCUUUUUCUUCUGUUCAACAGCCUGCUUCUUCUACUCCUCUUCAACCACUUGUCCUUUCUCCUCCUCUUCUCCAGACUGCUCCUCCUCUAUUUCUUCUCCUCUUCAACCACCUGCUCAUCCUCUUCUUUUCUUCUCUUCAACCGCCUGCUCAUCCUCUUCUUUUCUUCUCUUCAACCUCCUCCUCCUUCUCUUCUUUUCUUCUCUUCAACCGCCUGCUCAUCCUCUUCUUUUCUUCUCUUCAACCGCCUGCUCAUCCUCUUCUUUUCUUCUCUUCAACUGCCUCCUCCUCCUCUUCUUCUCUUCAACUGCCUCCUCCUCCUCUUCUUCUCUUCAACUGCCUCCUCCUCCUCUUCUUCUCUUCAACUGCCUCCUCCUCCUCUUCUUCUCUUCAACUGCCUCCUCCUCCUCUUCUUCUCUUCAACUGCCUCCUCCUCCUCUUCUUCUCUUCAACUGCCUCCUCCUCCUCUUCUUCUCUUCAACUGCCUCCUCCUCCUCUUCUUCUCUUCAACUGCCUCCCUCCUCCAACUGCCUCCUCCUUCUUCUCUUCAACUGCCUCCUCCUCCUCUUCUUCUCUUCAACUGCCUCCUCCUCCUCUUCUUCUCUUCAACUGCCUCCUCCUCCUCCUCCUCUUUUUCUGUUCAACUGCCUGCUCCUCUUCUUUUUCUCCUCUUCAUCUGCCUGCUCCUUUUCUUUUCAACUGUCUGCUCCUCCUCCUCUUCUUUACUUCAACGACCUUCUAUUUCUCUUCGACUGCCUGCUGAUCUUUUUCUUUUUGACUACCUGCUCCUUUUCUUUUCUACAACCGUCUCCUUCUCCUCUUUGACCAUCUUCUUCUCUUUAACUGCCUACACCUCCUCUUCUGCUUCUCUUCAACCGCCUGUACUGCUGCCUCUUCUUCUCUUCAACCACCUUCUCUUCUUUUUCUUAAUUGCCUGCUUCUUUUCUUCAUCUGCCUAUUCCUCUUCUCUUCCGUUUCUUCUCUUCAACUACCUGUUCCCCCUCCCCUUCUCUUCAUCCGCAUUUUUCUCCUCUUCUUCUUUUUAA